CUUCCUCUUUUAGUGCCGACGUUUGCGCAGGCUGCUGUUUAUUUCAUUUUUCAGGAAGACCCGGCUUGUCUGUUGGAGUGAAGUUUAUCCUAUGCAGAAAGCGGAGACCGGACGUUCCCGCAAAAUUGUCGCGCAGGUGGAGGGAUCGGGCGUCCUGAAGUCCAGUUUCGAACCAUGAGCGGCAGCGGUUCGUUGUACAGUGAGUGCUCCAGCCAGGAGGGACCGGAUGAGCUGGACACGCUAGGUUGGUACCACUAUGACCUGUCCCGGCACGCUGCGGAGGCCCUGCUCCUGUCCAACGGGAAGGACGGCAGCUACCUGCUCCGAAACAGCCACGAGGGACCCAACUUCCUGGCACUCUCUGUACGGGCGAAGGAUUCUGUGAAGCACUUCCACGUAAAGCGGGAGGGCGAGGGCUAUUCUUUCGGCUUCAACGUGUAUCCCUCUCUUCAGAACUUCGUGGAGCACUUUGCCAACCAGCCUCUACUGGGCAGCGAUUCAGGCACUCUAAUCAUGUUGAGAUGCCCAUACCCUCGGAGAGUGGAGGAGCCGUCCAUCUACGAGUCCGUGCGGGUGCACACAGCCAUGCAGACCGGCCGCACAGAGAAAGACCUGGUGGCCAACGCCCCCUCCCUGGGCACGAAAGAGGGCUAUCUGGUCAAGCAGGGAGCAUUAGUCAAGAACUGGAAAACAAGGUGGUUUACCUUAAACAGGAAUGAACUCAAAUACUUCAAAGACAAAACGUUUGAUGAGCCGAUUCGAACCCUGGACCUCACAUCCUGCUCUGCGGUGCAGUUCGACUACUCUCAGGAGAGGGUGAACUGUUUCUGUUUGGUGUUUCCCGAGAGGACGUUUUACUUGUGCGCAAAGACCGGCGUGGAGGCGGACGAGUGGAUUAAGAUACUGCGUUGGAAGCUGUCACAGUUACGAAAAGGCCGGUGACAGAGCCGCGUGUGGAGGACCGUCCAGUAGAGGGCGCACCUUCGCGGUUCCAUGCGAAUAUGAGGCAUUUUCCCCUCGGAGGAACCCCUCUGAUAAAGACUUCAUUACCCGUGCCGAACCUGCCCAGUGGAAAUCCCAGUCCUCUCACAGACAGACAUACAUGGCUGUUGCCAUGGCAAAGAAGGCCACUGGUGAUGGUGAUGUAUGUGAAAGACCACUCAGGUGGGGGGGGGGGGGGG